AUGGAUACUCCAAAGCAAUACCUUACACCAAUGUUCAUAUUGAUCAUCUUCUUGACUACUAAAUCAUCACAGGCCGACCAUAAUAACAACAUUCGGGUUCCGAACGACAAUGGUUCUGUGUUUCCUUUCGGGAAAGUAACCGUGAAAAUCAUAAACGAUCUCGGUGAUCAGCUAACGUUACUAUACCAUUGUAGAUCAAAAGACGAUGAUUUUGGUAACCAGACUUUGCAGCCAGGUGAGUCGUGGUCUUUUAGAUUUUCGCGUCAAUAUUUUGGAAGGACAUUGUUUUUCUGUAAGUUUGGAUGGCCAAGGUUGCCAAGUGGAUGGUAUUCGUUCGAUAUAUAUAAAGACCAUCGAGAUACUUCUGGUGAUAACUGGUGCCAGAAGUGUGUGUGGAAGAUAAGACAAACCGGACCUUGUAGGUUUAGCGAUGUAACGAAGCAGUUUGAUAUUUGUUAUCCUUGGAAUAAGUCUUUGUUUUGACAACGAUCUAUAUGAGCAAGAGAGUUUUAUACGUUUUGUAUUUAAUGGAUUGCACAUU